GGACCCUCCUCAGUCUCUGUCUGCAGCAGCAUGGCUCCGAAGAAGGUGGAACCCAAGAAGACGGAGGUCAAGAAGGUGGAGCCCAAGAAGGAGGAGCCUCCCCCUCCGCCCAAGCCCGUGGAGCCGGAGCCCAAACCCCCGGAGGUCGACCUGAAGAGCAUCGUGGUGGAAUUCUCCCCUGACCAGAUUGAGGAGUUCAGGGACGCCUUCACGCUGUUUGACGAGACGCCGACAGGCGAGAUGAAGAUCCGGUUUGCCCAGUGCGGCGAUGUGCUGCGGGCGCUGGGACACAACCCCACCAACGACGAGGUGCUGAAGCUGCUGGGGAGGCCCAAGGCGGAGGAGAUGAACGUCCAGCUGCUGGACUUCGACAGCUUCCUGCCCAUGCUGCAGCACGUGGCGCGCUCCAAGGAGCAGGGCAGCUUUGAGGACUUCGUGGAGGGGCUGCGCGUCUUCGACAAGGAGGGAAACGGCACGGUGAUGGGCGCGGAGCUACGUCACGUCCUCGCCACACUGGGGGAGAAGAUGAAGGAGGAUGAAGUGGACCGGCUCAUGGCGGGACAGGAGGAUGCCAACGGACACAUCAACUACACGGAGUUUGUCAAACACAUCCUGGCGGGAUGAAGGGGUCACGCACAGGUUUUCAAUGAAAAUGUGUCUCCCUGUGACAUCACAACCCUGUCUGUAAUGAAAGUUGUUUCUGCUCG